CGAAGGAACGUAAACAAAGCAAGCCGCAAGCAUUUGGGCUGCAUUCAAUCAUAACCAAAUUAGCAAUAUGGAUUCAAGAAAUUACACAAAACUUGAAUGUUCUAAAUUGUACAAUAGUUUAUCAUGUAUUCCACUCAUUUUAAAAGAUAAAAAUACAAUCAUCGACCUUUGGAAUGAUACUACUGUGGCGGGAACUAUUCACGAUGUUGAUGGAUUUAUGAACAUCACAAUGAUAAAUGUGGUUUUUAUCGAUCAACAAGGCAAAAUGAGACCACUGGAUAAUUUUUUCGUUCUCGCCAGAAAUGUUAAAUACAUUCACAUUCCAAAUGAGGUCGAUGUAACACAGGCUUUGGAGAAACUUUUUAACAAGAAACCAAGAGAUAUGAAAGACAAGCAACCACAAAAAUCAUUCAAAUUGAAACGAGCGCAAAAAUAUCAGUUGGAAACAUUGCGUGAACUCGCAGCUCAACAGGAAAACCAGGAAAGUGAUGAAGCGUCACAAGGAACAUCAUCAGAAAAUACCGCAUAAACAAUUCUCAUCAUUCAUACACGAAAAAAAAUCCAUUUCAUUUUCUUCGGAAACAAAUAUAAAAUUUAACAAAUGUGUGAAAGUUUUAUUGUCACAUGUAAAGCCAUUUUGAUUAUUUUUGCCAAGCACAACGUCAAGUUUGUUCAUAAAAAAAAAAUACAAUUUCUUCGAAACCAUUGAACAUUUUCAUAACAGUUCAAUGGCAAUUGCUAUUCCCAUUCCGCCGCCAACACAUAAUGAGGCGACACCUUUGCGACCGCCAGUUCUUUUCAGUGCAUAGAUUAAGGUGACUAGUACACGACAACCAGAUGCACCUAUUGGAUGACCUAAUAGCAUAAAAAUGGAGCAAAGUUAAACUUUUGAAUAAAAUUUAAAUAUAACGAGGUACUUACCAAGUGCGAUUGCACCACCGUUAAUGUUUAUUUUUGACUCGUCAAUAUUCAAUUCCUUGUUGACAGACAAAGACACAGCGGCAAAGGCUUCAUUCAGUUCAUAAAGAUCCACUUCAUCUUUAUUCCAUCCGGCUUUUUUUAGCUAAAAAAUAACAAUAAAAUGUAUUUAUCUGCUAAUAAACGUGAAAAAUGCGUCCCAUUAACCAUAA